UCUUCAUAAGUCACUUCCUUGUCUGUCUAACUGAUUCUCUCUGCCAGCCUCUCCUCAGACUGACAAUGGCAGAAGCUCAGCUGUGUGAAUUACAGGAUGAGUUUACCUGCUCUGUGUGUCUGGACACCCUGACUGACCCCGUCACGAUCCCCUGUGGUCAUAAUUUCUGUCUAAAGUGCCUCACUGAAUGCUGGGAUCAGAGCCAAGAGUGCAGCUGUCCUCAGUGCAGAGAGAACUUCACCAUGAGGCCUGCUCUGCGAAGAAACACUCUGCUGAAUGAAGUCAUCCAAAAGUUUAAAAAGACAGGAAUCAGUUCUCCUCCAUCUCAGAAUUAUGCUGGCCUUGGAGACGUGGAGUGUGACUUCUGUACUAGGAAGAAGUUCAGAGCGGUGAAGUCCUGUCUAACCUGCAUGGCCUCCUACUGUCAGACUCACCUGCUGCCUCACUAUGAAGUAGCGGCCUGGAAGGGACACAAACUGACUGAUCCAGAUAGAGAUCUGAAGGAGAAACUCUGUGUGGAACAUCAGAAAAGUCUGGAGAUGUUUUGUAAAACUGACAAGACGUGUAUCUGCUUGAUGUGUGGAGUGACUAAACAUGACGGUCACAAAAAGGUUGAGCUGGAGGUGGAAAGACAAGAAAAACAGAAACAACUGGGGGUGACACAGAGUGAAAUUAGGAGGAGAAUUGAAAAGAAAGAGAAGAAACUGAAGAAGAUGAGGAGGGCAGUGGACAAGAUGAAGCUUUCUGUGAAAAGAGUGAUGAGAGAACAUGAGGAGAGCUUCAAUAAUCUGAUUCACUGCAUUGAGGAAAGCCACAAGAAACUGACUGAGACGAUCAGAAAACAAGAAAAGAGAGAAACAGAGAAGACUGAAGGAGUAAUGGAGCAGCUGAAGAAGGAGAUCAAGGUGCUGAAGAGACGAGAAGCUGAGCUGAAUGAGCUUUCAGAAACCAAGGACCAUCUCCACUUCCUGCAGACUUUCUCAUCUCGCUGUGUCCUUCCUGCUGAUGGAGACUUGCUCAGCUUCACUGUCACUGCUGAUUUCUCUUCUGAGGACCUGCUAAAGCAGCUGUCAUGUCUGAAAAAGAGUCUGGAGAAAAUCGGUCAGUGGGACAUCCUGACAUGGACUCCACCAGGUCGUGAAGCUCCAGUCUUUACCCUACUGGCUCCUGAACCUCAGAGCAGAGAGGAGUUUUUACAAUGUGAGUCUGUCAAUUCAUGGAGUUUAUCAUCAUUUCACUUUUAAUAUCUCAGGCCAGGCUUAUGAUAUGACAGCAUUAUGUGAGUCUGGUGGGACUGAUGAACUGAAAGUGACGGGGGUCCUGUGACUCGUGCAUUAUGGGAAAUUGAGAUUCAGGACAGGGACACACCAAAGCAGUCUGUUGGCUGGAGUCCCUUGUCAAGUGUCAAGUGGACUCAUUGAAAAUAAAAAUGAAAUCCUGCCUACUACGCCACAUCCACCUCUCACAGUAGUCCUACCUCCAUUGUUG